ACAUUAGUGUGGAGGCAUUUGAGCAGGAGACGGGAGCAUGGCGUGGAUGUGCUGAUAUCCUGGUAGCGAGCUCACCUGUUUGUGUUGUUGGUGGUGAUGGAGAAUAUCGUGGAGUCUUCGCCCCUCCGGAUCACCCCUACAGUCCGGGCGCUGAGCUCCGCACUGCGGGGGAAACGUGAAAAUGUCCCCGAUGCCAGCGAGGGGAGAGGCGACAGGAUCUUCCCUGACCCGGAGAAGCUUUGGUUCAAGGAGAGCAGCGCUAAAAAUCUCCGAAACAGAGACUUCUUGUCACCGACCACGAUGCUUCACACGCUGUACGCGGACGGACAGGUCCCUCCAGCAGUGAUGUCCAGAGUCCUGUCCCUCCAUGGCAGUGGGGUUCUGCCUGUGGCUGGUGGGGAGGUGAUGGGUGAAGGGCUGAGGGUGAGGGUGGACCGGACUGCAGCGUUCAAAGCCGUCCUGGCGGGAGGAGCCACGGAGUACCUGACACCAUCAGGUCAGAGGCAGGGCUGUGUGGUGAUCAACUGUCCUGCCCUGCACCCUAAACCUAACACACCCACUCCUGACACACUGACUCUGGGCCAGCUGAGGACUGUUCUGUUGGCUGACCACAUGGGGGCACUGCUGAGAAAACAGGGGUUUUCAGUGUCCUAUUGCCCCAUGCUUCCCGAAGACAGCGACAUCAUCACGUUCCUCCGAACUCUGGGCCUCGAUUGGCCGACAGCCCCAGCCAACUGCACCAAUGAGGAGCGUGAGGAGAAGAUCCAGGAAGCGUUGGAGAACUCUCCGUACAGAGAGAGGGAAACUGAGAGAGGCAGGAGGACCAGCGGAGGAGGAGGAGGAGGAGGGAGGAAGGCAGAGGAGGGGGAGAAUGAGGGAGCGCUUAGGAUCAACCUGAAACGAGUUUUCCAGGAGGAGGGGCUGCUGGGAUAUGACCCCAGUCUCGGUACCUGCACAGUGCACAGAGACAGCGUUUCCCACCUGGCACAACUGGACGCAGCCACAGCCGACUGCACAGUAGCCAUGGCAACAGCAUUACAUGUAACUUCUUGUCAGGAUGAGUUCCGCCAGCAGCAGAUAGCGAUGCUGUGGAGAGCCAGUGGAGCGACACAUACACAGAGACAUCUGGUGUGUGGGCCUGUGAAGACUCCUGGUUCUCACCUCACUGCUGCACAGUACCUGCAGCUGAGAAGAGGUCAAAUGAAGGAGGCCUCAGAGAUGAAGUACGGAGAUCAAGUAGAAGGUCAGACAUGGGAUGACAUCAUCAAGGUCAUGACCUCUGCCACUGUCAGAUUUGAGCUGCUGUCAACAGUCCACACCAGUCCUGUGACACUGGACGUCCAGAGGGAAGGGAGCGUGUCCACCAAAGGGCCAAGAGGAGGGGUGUUUGUGAUGUACAACUGCGCCAGACUGCACACUUUGUUUGACAGCUAUGAGAGAGGAGUGGGGAAGGGUCUGUACCCAGAAAUCCCUGAUGGCUCUGAGUUGGACUUCUCUGCUCUCAAAGAAGAGGGGGAGUGGCUUCUCCUGUUCAAUUACCUCAUUCCGUUCUCGGAGUUGCUGGACCAAUCAGGACAGGCGUUAGACUGCGAAGGGGGAGGAGCCAGAGUCAACAUUAAAACUGAACAGAUCUGUAAAUUUCUGGUGUCUCUCAGUAAAGACUUCAGCUCGUACUACAACAGAGUGCACGUGCUCGGGGAGCCAUUGCCUCAUCUCUUCAACCAGAUGUUUUGUCGUCUGUAUCUGUUGAGAGCGUUGAGAGAGCUCUACCACAGCGCUCUGGACACCCUUAACCUUCCCCCCAUCAGGCAGCUAUAGCCUUGACUUGACAUACGUCUAUCAUUCUGUAGUCACUGUUAGUCUUACCUCCACACCCGCUCACCCUCCCACACCUACACCUACACACCCACACCCAUAUUUUUCAGUUGUAGCCUGAUUACAUACACACUUCAUUAAGCAAUUAAAAUGUAUCCAACUAAGACACACUCACCUUUUUCCUCUUUUAAGCAACGUCACAUCUACAGUCUUUAAUAAUAAGAUCCCUUAACUUGCCCACUUAUGAAGCUCCUACAGCUCGUUUGCAAUGACUCCUACAGCUGGACUCACUGUAACUGUUUGAAUAUUUUAAGGAUGUCAUCAUUAGCCAUAAAUCAUGAAAUAUGGCUUCAGUAAACUGCGCUUUUUAUCCAAAAUGCUUGAGCGAUAAUGUGUGAGGUCAGCUUGAUCUGGAUGGAGUGAUUUUUCCUGGAAAAUUUGAUGCCUGUUCGUAUGUUGUUCCUCACUUUUGGGUUAGCUGCUCAAUGGGUUUGGGAAUAUAUCAAUCAUUACAAUUUUAAUAGCCAAAUGAGCUAAAUCUGCAAUGUCAGAGUUAGUGAAAACGAUAGUUUUCUUUGUUGAAGCCCCACUUUGUUAUUUUAAAUCCCACUUAUCACAGGUCCUUCUCCUCUCUUAAUGACCGUAGGUAGCCCACAAAGACUUUUUAGCAUGAUUUUAGGUGCCAAAAUCUCACUAGUAUCUUAACCAGAGUGCCCAGUUUAAACAUCCCACAAAAACUUAAUUAGUAUUAUUAUUAUUCUUAUCACAGCUCUUUCAAAAUCAUAGUUGUUUCACUGUCUGAAGAAAAGAAAUCGUACUUUUUAAUGAGCCUUGUUCAACUGUUCAUGUGUGUUAUCCGACUUGUAUUUAUAAAUGCCAUACAAAUAUUUAUUGUCAGUUAAAAAAACCAGAUGUGUACAGAAUAUAUAUAUUCUGCAUAUAAGUCUUAAUUACUGUGUUCAUAUGAUUAUUUAAAAUCCUCCGACUAGUUACAGUUGUCCUGCUUGACACCCGAUCUUCAUUAUCAGACAUGUGCCAGAAAAUAACCAAUGUUUAUAAGUUAUUGACAGAGAGAGAGAAAAAUCAGCAUUUAGGGUGUGGUGCCACCAUUUUUAGGAAAUGCAUGAAAUGGCAUGAAAAUAAUAUAUAUGAAGAGUUUUAUGCCAAAAAUAUUAUUUAUACGUAUUGAAAGGGGCUAAAUAUUGACCUGAAAUUGAUCCUUGAGUAUCCCUGAAAUGUUAUCUGCUAUCUGCUAAAAAUGUGCCAUAGAUGGUUUGAACUUUCUGCUGUACAUUUGUUUUUUUUGUAACUUGGUGUUUUUUGAAUUUCUUAUUUUGGAACAAAUAAUUGUAUUGAACACAAAUAUCUUUCCCAUUCACCUCUCACUGCAUGAAAUGUUCUCUGCAAAUGUUGCUUGUCCCUGAUUGGUCUAUGGACUUUUUUAAAAGUUUUUGUUUUUUAUUUUUUACUAGCUAUAGAAAAGGCCAUGAGAUGUUUACGAUAUACUGAUUCAUUUAUAGUAACUGUCUUGGUAACUUCCGCUGUAAUUAUCAUAGUAUUAAAGCAGAAGAUAAGAAGAAUUACUUUGCAUCUUUUUUUUCUCUUUCUCUCAUACU